GCGCACAGCGUCGGAAGCGAUGUCGGCCACCCCGCCCGGUGGCGGCGCCUUCUCGGCAACCGGCGUGACCCCGUGUGGGGCCGAGCUGACCCCAGCCCCGGCCCCGGGGCCGGCCGGACCGACGCCGCAGGACUGCUGCUACACAGACUGGGCCGGCUGCAACUCCACGUUGCGCAACAUUGAAGCGUGUUUCCUGGGCGGCGAGCGGACGCGGCUGGACUGCGCAGACCCGUACCGCCAGCUGUACCAGUGCGCGUUCAGCCGACCCGAGCGAGACAAGCUAGCCGGCGACGUGAACGGCAACACGCCGCAGGCCUCCGACCGCAACGACGAGCGGACGGCGGAGGGUGCCGAGCAGCGGCCCCUGCACCCCAAGCUGGCCUCCGUCUCGACCGUGCUCGAGAUGAAGGAGCAGUGGCAGCAGUUCAACGAGCUCACCACCGAGAUGAUCGUCACCAAGGCCGGCAGGCGAAUGUUUCCAGUCUUUCAAAUACGGUUAUACGGCAUGCACCAGUUAGAAGAGUAUAUGCUCCAGAUGGAUUUUGUGCCCGUCGAUGACAAGAGGUACCGCUACGCCUUCCACAGCUCCAGCUGGGUGAUAGCGGGCAAGGCGGAUGCGCACGCGCCACCCCGCAUCCACAUGCACCCUGACAGUCCUGCGCUUGGGUCGCACUGGAUGAAGCAGGUCAUCUCGUUCGACAAGCUCAAGCUGACCAACAACCCGUACGACGACAACGGAUACAUUAUCCUGAACUCAAUGCAUCGAUACCAGCCCCGGUUUCAUGUCAUCUACAACCCCAAAGGAGAAGAGCAAGGGAACUACCAGAACUUCAAGACAUUCGUCUUCUCAGAAACCAAGUUCAUGGCCGUCACAGCGUAUCAGAAUCAAAGGGUCACGCAGCUGAAGAUCGCCAGCAACCCGUUCGCCAAGGGCUUCCGGGACUGCGACCCGGACGACUGUGGCAUGCCGGACAUGAUGGGCGCCAUGCCGGGCCAGGGCCGCCAGCUGACGCCGGCCGGCGCGCCGCGGCCGCCCGCCAUGUCCGCCGCGCCGCACAUGCUGCUGCAGACCAAGCCCGAGAAAGAGCCGGAGCGGAGCGAGGCGGCCGCCGUGUCAGCCAUGUCGCGCAUGUUCCCGGCGGCCGCGCAGCAGUACGUCCCGCCGGCGCCCGGCACCCAGCCGUACCCGAGCGCUGCCUACUACGGGCCCCUCUUCACGACAUACCCGUACAAGGCGCGCUCGCCGCCUGACCUGCGUGAGCGGUUAACCAGUGACCCUGCCGUCGAUUGA